GAACUGUUAGCAAGUCUACAUAUAUCAAACAAAUUACAAACUUUUGAGAUAUCUGAUGAUAAAUUGUAUAAUACUCAGCAAUCGGAUAAAACAAAUGUAUGUAUCACUAAAAGCCAGGAAGAAAAUAUAGAAGUAUCCCGUAAAGAAAAAAUCUGUGAUAAUGAAAGUAUAGUACCACACAUAAGUCAUUAUGACUUAUGUGUGGUACCAAAAGAUACGUUACAAACUACAACUGUCAGCAGUGAAAACUCAUUAGCUAGAACUUCAUCUUGUAAUAAUAAUAAUGAACGUCUUGAUAUUACGGCGUCAUCUGAAAUAGCGUUAAAUAUCAAGUGUACCAAUGAUAAGGACAGUCACUCGGACGAACAGCGGUAAAAUUGUUAGUUAAUCUAAAAAAAGUGUUAAAUGAUCAGGCUGAAGAUGCUACGACUUUACAAUUACUUAGAGGAAUAAAGAAGACCUUGAGCGUCGCAUAGAAGCAUUAUAAAAUUGAAGAUGGAUCGCAGACGGAUGAUAAGUCAUGUGAUAUUCAACGAAUUACGGAAACCUUGGAAACUUCGAGUUCUGAACUUAACGCGCAUCUGUUUAGUGCAACAGAAGCUAGGCACAAACAAAAUAUCACCUCCAAAUUUAAAAUAAUUAAAUCUUUAUUAUUUUUCACGAUAGCUUCGAUUUCGCUCCUUAUAAGUAUUCUCUACGUAGCGUAUAGCUACUCAAAAAAACGAAUCGGAGAAACAUAUCCACGACUCAUCCAUCGGAGACAAAUAUAUCAAACACACAAGUAAGUGCGAAACGUAGAAGUACAUCCAGAUUGAGAGAUCAAAAACGUUUCACAAGUGAUCCUAGGCUUAUCAAUAUAGCGAUGAAUAAAAAAAUUCCGUUUUCAAGAACUCUUGAUACGAAAACAAGUAUAUAAUUGUUUAGUAGAUUUAGUAGAUAUGCUGUUAUUUAAACAUAAUUGUUUCUUUGAAAUAGAAAUAAUUAAGAGUAUGCAGGGACUGCAGAACUCGACAGCAAGAACAAAAAUUCAUUAGCAGUAAUUGAUAUGAAAAAUAAAUUAAAGAAGGAAUCAGUUACAAUUAGUAAGAAGGGUCCUAUAAAAGCGCCUAAAAAAGUACAUUCUGUGGGCAUUAUAAAAAAUAAAGUAUCUCUUGGAAGACAAACAUCAUCGUUCUCUCAAGUCACCCUGCCGCCCAAGUCCAAUAGCAUCGUUUCUCUCGACAAUAAAGUAAUCAGCAGCACUCCUAAUUCGAUGAUCUUGUCGACAUCAAAUAAUCAAGAAGACAGGACAUCAAAAAUAGAAUCGAAGUUCACUAAUAAGAAACGUAAUAUACCUUGCGAUAUUUCACCAGUGAUUAAGCCAAAGGGAACCAAUUCUAAGAAAUUAACCAACCAAUGCCUGCAAAAAUAUACACAUCUCAAUAUCAAGAAGCGGUUUCGUCUGGUAUUCCGAAGUACUGCACGCCGACGAGAAAAUAUAAUUCCUUACUCAACAUGAGCAGCUAUCGUCAGCAAUCUCCGCAACGUUUAAACAAAAGCUUCACAAGCUAUCAACAAUAUUCCCCAAUCCGUUCUAAUAGCAUCGAAAAAAUACUGCAGAGUCCUCUCAAGCAAAGCAAUAAGUUUCUUGAGAAAAUAAAACCACUUAAGUUGGUCUCUAAACUUAAGAAAAAUGCUACCAGUGACUUCACUCAAAAGGAAAAUUGCUCAGAAUAAAAUGACAUGAAGAUAAAAACAAUUGAGCCGUUGUGCAUCGAUUGCUCAAUAGAAGUAUAUCUGUAAAAAGAGAGAGAGGGCAGAGAAAAUGUAUAUAUUAUUAUA